CGAGGAUUUUUACGACGUUGCCCACCAGAUGACUUUACGGCAACAUGGCGACCUGCUUCAGUAGCGCGGUGUCUGACGGCAGUAAGCGGUAAACUUCAUCAUGGUACUGGGGACGGGGAGCCAGUUAACGGAGGAGCAUUGACGACAAUGAUAUUGUGUUUCACCCCCGCACCGCUUUGCCGCAAAGCCGCGAACUGUUUGCUGUCAGCGCGGUGUGCGGCUGCGUGUCGGCUCGAGGAAGCGUCAUGGCGGCACAAGCGCACACCUGUCACUGCCGCGAGGCUCUCACAGUCGACGACGGGCAGCAGUUCUUGGAGCUUCGGCCUCAGAGGGGCGGACAGCCGCUUACCGUGUUGCCUCAUUCCACGUGGCGUCGCACAGCUGUCGACGUGGCGGCUUUGUGGAGAUGUGCUGGUUCACCAUGGAGGUCAUAGCAGGUUCGCUGUCAACUUCCGGUCUCUGCUGGCCACAGGAGCUCGAGGUAUUUGCGACAAGAACAACAAAAGACCCGACGGACCCAGUAAAGACCCUCCGGUACCUGGACAGGGGCUCUUUAAGUUUAAAGAACUGUACGAGAACCCGUGGACUAUCCCCAACCUGCUGUGUGUGUGUCGAAUUGUUCUGGCUCCUUUCUUGGGUCACCUCAUCAUCCAACAACAUUUCCACCUCAGCCUGGCUCUUUUCACGCUGGCUGGAGCCACUGAUCUGCUGGAUGGUUACAUCGCCAGAACGUGGCCCACUCAGAAGUCAGCCUUGGGAAGCGCCCUCGACCCGUUGGCUGAUAAAAUCCUCAUCAGUAUUUUAUAUGUCAGUCUCACCUAUGCAGAACUCAUACCAGCUCUGUUGACAGCUCUAGUGGUAUUCCGAGACAUUGGUUUGAUAGCUGCUGUCUUCUGGGUCAGAUACAAGACGGUGCCGCCACCGGUGACCCUCAGUAAGUUUUUUAACCCAUGCUACACCACCGCUCAGCUCAAGCCAACACUCUUCAGCAAGGUAAACACGGCCAUCCAAUUGGUUUUGGUCGCAGCAUCUCUGGCGGCUCCAGUCUUCCAAUACACCGACAGCGUUCUCCUGCAGUGUCUGUGGUACAUCACCGCCGUAACAACGACAGCGUCCGGCUACAGCUACUGGCACUACGGCCGCAAGACUGUCCAGGUGCUAAACACCAGGUCACCAUGAUGAACCCAGCCAGGAAUUAAACGUCUUGUCUGUCUAGACAACUUUAGCACAGAGGACGACGCGCAACCGUAACGGUGGCCAGGAGUAGGGACACUGAGCGAGUCACUAAAUGCAUCACCAUGCCGAUGGUAAGCGGCUGCAGCAUCACAUACACACAGCAGCACUGCUACUGGACCAAUGUGAACAACUAUUUUUACAAGAGUGGUGAGAACCACUAAGCGAUGUCACAGGAUGGAUUUUUUUGAAAUAAAUGAUUUAUCAAUAAAAUAGAAAAUGUCUUUUAACAUGAACGUAUCUUUGUGUCCAUUUGGAGAAAUGGAACUGAUAACUCUUUCGGGGGUCUAUAGUAGGGGUGGGCAAACUUUUUGACUUGCAGGCCACAUUGUGUCAAAUAGGCAGGGCUGCCUAUACAUCGGUGGCAUCAACAAAACAAUAUACUUGCUCACGGUGCAACUAAACAGCAUGUAACUUAAAACUGGGUCGUCCAGCUGCAACAACAAUAUGAAAUAGGAACAAUAAAACAUUAUGACACAAAAUUGACAUCCUUCCCAUGGCUGAGAUAAGGUUCCCACGUGUUGUGUUGGCACAAAGGACGUUUGUUUAGAUUCUCUAAUGUAAUCCAGCAAAAAUGCGACAAACAGCAAAAUCUUGAGAGAACGAGUACCACAGGCUACCCAGCAUACCUUGCCACAGGAACAUACAGGUGUGUUUUUUGGCAUGGUAUUGCAUGGAGAUAUUUGUAUGCCAACUUUGUAUGUACUACUUACUUUGUACAUCAUGUGUGUUAACAUGUUGUGUUGAUUGGAUGGAAAGUAAUUUGGAAAUGCUCGGUGGGCCGAAUUAAGACGCUUGACAAGCCUGAUGUGACCCUGGGCCGCAGUUUGUACACCCCUGUGCUAAAGGAAUCUUCAAACUAAGUAGCUUAAAAGUGUUGGGGGGGGAAAACAGUUUAAUUCAGUGUUACUUUCCAUCAGGAAGAAGUGACCUCUGAGGAUUCUUUUAAAGCUUCUUAAGCCCGACUAAAGUCGUCUGUUACAGUUCCAAAGUGUACAGUGCCAAAGAAGCUUUACGAGUGUUGAACUUGACGUGUUUGACGCCCCGAACGCAUCAUGGGCACAAAGCACUUCCGAGCCCAACUUUUUGGUCCUUGACUAGUUAUGAAACCAAGUGAUUCAGUGUAUUUAAGAGUCGCAGCAGUAGUCCUUCUCUCACACACACACACACACACACAUAUACAGUCGUAUAGACACUCACUCUCACACACACACACAUACACUGGUCUUUUAUGGGCCUGAAAUAGCACUACGCCUCCCACUCUGCCUUAUAUAAGCUCCCAGCACGGAGAUUUGAUGGUGCAGAUUGGGGAGCGUGCACGUGUGUGUGUGCGUGUGUGUGGGCAGUAGGAGUGUCUUGAGCCGUGUGUGUGUGUGUGUGUGUGUGUGAGAUUCUCUCAACUUCUAAUGCACCAAAUGACGAAACAAGCCCUAUUGUUGAACUUGAAUUUUUUAUUUUUUUUAUAAUCAUCAGCUCACGUCUGUCUUUGAAGAGA